AUGACACCAGUUUACCAGUGUGACUGCCAGCUCUGUAAUCCAUCUGGAACCUGGACAGAACUUUCCGGUGAGUCUGAUGAUGUUUGUGCAGCCACAGAUGCUCACUCAGGACGUUACCACAUAAAGAAAACAAUAGAGAGGAGCUCUGCAGCUGCAGACGCCGUGCUGUGA